AUGCCGCCCAAAGGAGCCCGAGUCGGCGAUGUCGUGGCAUCAUCCGCCACUGGCAUGACAUUUUUGAUUCUGAUUCAAUUGGCCUCUAGAGUCUUCACUUUUGCUUCGAAUCAGCUCAUCUUGCGCUCCCUUUCGCCAAUAGUGCUUGGUAUCGCUGCCCAGCUUGAACUCUAUCAGGUGUCGAUCUUGUAUUUCUCCAGAGAGAGCAUUCGUCUGGCGAUUCAAAGACAGCCUCUGCCACAGGCAUACACCUCCGAGCGGCAGGAAUCAAAGCGGCUUAAGUCUGCCUCACGAGACGGACAAUUAGAGGCAUCUCAAUCGGUUGUGAACAUGUCCUAUUUGAGCCUGCUUCUGGGAGUUCCGUCGGCUAUCUUCUUCACUUUGCUCUACGAGCGCCUGGCACCGAGACAAGCACAAUGGAUUCCCUUCUUCAAAGAGAGUGUUAUUGUGACGGGAAUAGCUUCAUUUUUGGAGCUCAGUAUUGAGCCAUGUUUUGCAGUCGUUCAGCAGCACAUGUGGUAUGACAAACGCGCAGCCGUGGAGAUGCCUGCGGCCUUUCUCAAGAGUCUCACCACCUGUUCCGCUUUCAUAUAUGCAACAAGAAUAGGCAAAGAUGCCGGUGCUUUGCCUUUUGCAUUGGGCUAUAUGGCUUACUCAAUUGCUCUCAUAUUUGGCUACUCGGUUUCUUUGCUGUGGGCUGCGGAUGAAAGGCGGUUCUCUUUGCUCCCCGUGCGUAUACGAUCCAGCAAUGUAUCAGAUUAUUUUCUGAGUCGAUUUUCUCAUCGCCUCACUUCAAUCGCCGCCAGUGUUUCUCUGCAAUCACUGGUGAAACAUCUUCUGACGCAGGGUGAUUCCAUGAUGCUUGCAGCCUUGUCUAGCUUGGAGGACCAGGGUAUCUACUCACUAGCAUCCAACUACGGGGGUCUUGUUGCCCGUGUCAUUUUUCAGCCGCUCGAGGAAAGUAGCCGAAACCUGUUUUCCACCCUACUCAGCCCCAAUAAUAGCGGGAAGCGAGAUAAGCAGCAUGUUCGCCUUGCUAAAGACCAUAUGGUUGACCUCCUGCGUGCUUAUCAGCUGUUGGCUGUCUUGAUCUUUCCGCUCGGUCCUGUCAUGGUGCCGCAGGUGCUACGGAUUCUAGGGGGACGUCAAUGGACCUCCUCCCAUGUCGGUGAUCUGCUGUCACUGUAUUGCUAUUAUAUCCCGUUUCUGGCCUUCAACGGAAUUACUGAAGCUUUCGUGUCAUCUGCAGCCAACCCACGGGAGAUACGGAAACAGACGGCUUGGAUGGGCGUUUUCUCGGCAUGUUACGCCUUAGCAGCCUAUUUAUUCCUAGAACUAGGGUCCAUGGGUGCCUAUGGCCUUGUUUUGGCCAACAUCGUGAACAUGAUCGUCCGUACUCUGUGGAGCUACAAUUUCAUCCACGCGUAUCUACGUCGACACGGGAACGAUCUUCUUCUUGGCGAUGUGAGCAUCCAACCAACCAGUUACGUUUUCGGGGCUGUCGCUACAGCGACACUUGCCUCCCGAGUUUUGUCGGUAUCAAGUUUGGGUAUCAUCUCCGCGGUUUCAUUGAGUGGCGCCUAUUGUCUUCUGAUGUGA